AUGGAAACGAAGAGAAAUACAACAAAGUUGUUGCUGUGGCUGUUCAUGUUCUUCUCUGAUACUGUGCCACUCAGCUAUGAGAAAUCAAUGAGAGAGAGAGCUAUCGAGCUGAUGCAAGAUGCACGUUUAAUCGAUGGCCACAAUGACUUUGUACUGCAGCUGAGAAUAUUUUACCAAAAUAGACUCCGUAGAGUCAACUUAAGAGAACUCAACAAGACCCACACAAACCUUGCAAAACUUCAGGCUGGUUAUGUGGGAGCUCAGUGUUGGUCAGUGUAUGUUCUUUGCAGCGCUCAGAACAAGGAUGCUGUGCGUCUGACCUUAGAGCAAAUUGAUGUUGUCAAGAGGAUGUGUAACAGCUAUGAAGAACUUGAACUUGUGACAACUUCGCAAGGUAUCUCUGACAGUAGAAGGAUUGCAUGUUUGAUUGGAAUAGAAGGUGGUCACUCCAUUGACAGCAGUUUGGCAACACUGAGGAUGUAUUAUGACCUGGGUGUUCGUUACAUGAUUUCCUGCAAUACGCCUUGGUCUGAAUCCUCAUCUAAAGGAAUACACAACUUCUAUCCUAGUGUUACUGGUCUGACUGCAUUUGGCCAAGAAGUGGUAAAGGAGAUGAAUCGCCUGGGAAUGCUGAUAGAUUUAUCUCAUACUUCAUAUUCCACAGCAAAAGCUGCACUGAAUAUCUCAAAAGCACCAGUAAUUUUCAGCCAUUCCUCAGCAUCUUCUAUUUGUAAUCACUCAAGAAAUGUUCCUGAUGAUAUCCUCCAGCAACUGAAAAAGAACAAGGGAAUUAUCAUGGUGACUUUCAAUGCAGAUGUACUGGCCUGUGGCAGAAAAGUUGUUAAUAUUUCCAACCUUGCAGAUCAUUUUGACCACAUAAAGAAAAUUGCAGGUUCAGAAUCAAUAGGAAUUGGUGGUGACUAUGAUGGAGUGGAACGUUUCCCUGAGGGACUGGAAGACGUUUCUAAAUACCCUUCUUUGAUUGAGGAACUUCUUAGAAGAGGAUGGAAUGAAACUGAACUGAAAGGGGUCUUAAGGGAGAACUUUCUCCGUGUCUUCAGGGAAGUGGAAAAUGUAAGAUUAAAAACUAAACUGAAUCUUGGUUCUUACUAA